AUACGUCGCCAUUGACUGUUGCUCGUCACACGUAAACACUCGAGUUGAUUAUUCUUUGUUUUUAUUUUGAAUCUAAGCGAUGUGUCGCAGGAACUCUAUAAUGUCCAUAAUUUUCUGCAUGAAAUGUGCAGAAUUGCUGUGACAACUGUGCCGUGACGAAUCAUUUGCACCGUGGAAUUGAAUGACAGUAAUCGCGAUAUUAGGGGUGGAUUCAUAGCCUUUCAGAACACAACUAGAAGUGCAUUUGCGUUACACAUCAGAGGAAACACCUAAAAUACAUUUCAGAUAUCAUCUCUCGAGGUUUUGUUCGAUUCUUUAUGCGGAAGUGUGAAGUAUUGAAUCACGUGUGUAACUUUCACUGAAUUGAAAUCUCUGGUCAUUCCUCUAAAGAGUGGGCUUGCUAACAGAAGGUUUAGGUCGACUAGGUCGACUGUGACACACCUUGAUUGUAGCAUGAAAAGAAAUAGUUGAGGUUCAAUAGACAUUUACAACAGAUUCACAGAAUAUCGGGAGCAUUAACGAAGCAAUGGACGAAGGUGAAACAAGCACCCAUCUUGACCCCUCUCCGGAUUUGUCCUAUACCGAGAAGAAUAAAUUUGAACGGAGGUAUCGGUAUUUCAUCUUGGAACCCGCAAUUUUGCUAUUAUUCUACGCGUGGAACGUUUCUUCCGCUGUCUUCACCAAUCAGAUUGUGUAUCAAACGUGUACCGUUAUUCUUUCGAUCAAUCAGUCCGAAUGUGCCCUUCUCGGGACGGAAAAUGAAACAGACGCCAGUAAGGAGCUCGAGAAGCGGGUGCAACCCUAUUCGGCCGACAUACUUAUGGCGAAGUCUCUGAUCGAAUCGAUUAUUCCGGCACUGUGCAGUAUGUUCAUUGGGCCAUGGUCGGAUAAAUAUGGCCGGAAGCCGGUUCUUCUGUCCACCUUCAUCGGAUCGUUCGCAACGUACUGCCUGGUGACGAUAGUUUGUUUGCUGUCCGAUCAGUACGAGAUUGAUCCGUGGUACUACCUACUGGCGUUCAUUCCGGCAGCCUUCUCAGGGGGAAAUUGCGCGUUGAUUACGGGAGUGUUUUGCUACAUCACCGAUGUGACCACUGAACAAAAUCGUGCCGUUAAGAUGGGCAUUCUGGAGGCCGCUAUCUUUUGUGGACUGCUGCUAGGGACGCUAAGUAGCAGCUACAUCUUACGCUGGACGAAUGCGACGGUGGUGUUCGCCAUCGCAACCGGGAGCAUAUUUUUCGGUAUUCUAUACAUCGCAAUAUGCAUCGAGGAAAGCAUACGACCGAACGAGUUCGAUAGCUCGACUUCCAGGGUGCGGGAAAUAUUCCGUUUCGAGCUGGUGACCGAUAUGUUCCAUACGUGCUUCAAGCGGAGGCCAAACUUCGACCGGGUUAUUAUAUGGUUGGUGAUUGUGGCCCUGGGAUCUAGCAUUUUCGCUUUGGAGGGAACUGGGACUGUAUAUUUUCUUUUCCUGCGGGAACGAUUCGAUUGGACUGUGCAGGAAUUUUCUUACUACGAUGCCACCGCGAUUGUGCUUAUGAUUGUCGGUAAUCUCGUUGGGAUGUAUGUUAUGAAGCAGUAUUUUGGUCUUUCCGAGGCAAUGCUGGCAGCGAUAGGAUUUUGCUGCUACGCGAUUGACAGUGGAAUCAGGGCAGUCGCUUAUGUACCAUGGCAUUUGUAUUUAGCCAUUGUAAUUUCGAUGAUGAGAGGAAUCGCGGGUCCGAUGGGUCGAGCUGUGAUAUCGAAUACUGCACCACCAAGUGAUAUCGGGAAGAUUUUCUCGUUAACCACAUCGAUAGAAUCUUUGACCCCAUUGGUGUCAGCGCCGGUUUAUACAUACGUGUAUACCAAAACUUUGCCCUGGUAUCCUGGAGCAUUCAAUCUCAUCAGCGCCACGGUGUUUUUCUUUUGCUGUUCUAUCAUGAUAUUUGUCCGGAUAUUUCAAGGAAUGUACCAGGCACCUACCUUCAGGGCAAUUAAUUGAUGACAUUUAUUAUAGAUCGUGUUGAUAAUAGUUUAGAAAAAUACCUAUGUUAUACAUAUAUUGACAAUUUUUAACAAAUCAAUUAAGUUUUUGUACGUUACACUGGAUGGAAUUGGUAACUAGUCAAGCAAUAAAUUUUCUA